UUGUGUCCUGGCGCCUCGUGCUCGGCAGUGCGCUCGUGGCUUUAUUUUGGCUCUGGCCGGUGGCUCAAAGUCGCGUGGCAAUCAGUUUGCUGCCGUCGCUGUUCGUGGGUGAAAGUUCGGACGGUUGGGCUCCGAUUUACUGCCGCAUUUCGUAGAUGCUUCACUCGGGAAAAUCGGUUCUAUUGAAUGCAAUUGUAUCGCGUCGAUUGUGCCGCCGUCAAGUGUCACUUGAAAAUUGUCAAAAUUGAAUUUACCCAGCGUGCUAGUGAACAAAGGUCCUCCAAAUGGCCAUAACGAGUGUUCCGGCCUUUGUCUGGCUUCGUUUUUCGAACCAAUUCCAAGUGUUUUCCGGAUUAAGCCAAAAGGUUCUGUAGAGAUACUUAAGUGCUAAGUGAACCCAUCAAAAGCAUCGUAUAUAUAUAUAUAUAUAACUAUAUCAUCUGUUCUGUCUGUUGUUCGAAUAUGCCUGGCAGGUAGAUUUCUGCUUUUCCCCCCAACGAAAGGCCAACAGCACAGCAAAUUUUCUUCCUGGCGAUGAGAGCUUAACAAAUGACACUCGUUCUAUGAGGGAUAGGGAUUGGAGCCAUCUUCCAUCGCAAUCGCAAUCGCAGAAUGUGUGUCAGCGACGUGGAAGCUACACAAUCCUCCCACUGAGUGGCAGCAGGAGAUUCCUUAGACAGACACCUCUGAUUCAAUCGGCAGCGGCAAAGAAAACCAAGGAAAUGCGGAAAAACUCAAAGGAAAUGGCAGCGAAUCGCAGGCGAAAGAAGACAAUCGGCAUGCUGACAUCGGGACUAAAAUCAGUAGUCAAGUGGAAAAUUAUUGUAUCAUCCAUAAUGUUGCUCUUAUUAAGCGGGACAAGUCACGUGCUGGCGGUGCGAAAGGGUCGCCUGAUGUCCCCCAGCUCGUUCACCGCCCUCAGCGGGGACCUGCAUGUGCAGAUCCAGUUCGGUGGCAACGAGGUGUCCCCGGAGGAGGUCGGCAACGGCCCGGCCACCGAGCAACACUUGAGCACUGACGGGCGGGACUUGAGGACCGGGAACAACACCAUAAUGAGCACUUUAGUCAUUAGCAAAAUCAUUGAUGACGCUGAACCGUCGCCGGCGCAGGGUUCAACCCCUUUGGCUGCCAUUGCCACUACCACUGGCACUGGCAAUAGCGCCACCAAUAGCAGUCAACUGGUGCUGCAGCGAAGACGCAAGGAGGUGAUCCAGAACAUACCCCUCUUCCCGGACCCGCGACUCAAUGUCACCCAGGUGACGGUGCCGUGCCAGACCUUUUUGAUCGGCGGUCGUUACGAGAUGCAGGUGGUCAGCAAUUUGAAGUCGGUGAACCGGAGCGAGGUGACCACCACUUUGGUGCCGGCCCAGGACGAGCGACUGCUGCAGACCCUCGACGUUCGAUGGCCCAGUGCCGAGAUGAUAGUCAGUCCGGUGCGGCUAAGGACCUAUCCCAAGCAUCCCGUUGAGGUGACGCUGCGCUUUCCCGAGGUGAACUGCAACCAGUCGGCGGGUCUGGCGCUGCCCGAGUUCUGGCUGGAGCUGAUCUACUGCGGCAAGGAGCGCAGCUGCAGCCGAAACAUAACCCGCUCUAGUGUCCUCUUCGCAGAGCAGAUACACGGCUUUCCCAAGAACAAGAGCCUGCGCCUGGGCUGCGAGCUGUUCGGAUUGGCCGGCAACUAUGCGGUCCAGCUGCGACCCAUGGUGCCCGCCCAGAAUGUGCCCACCACCCGGCGGCUGCUGAGUGUCGACUGGAGCGACGAGUUCGUGUUUAAUGUGUACGCCCGCAGCAUCUUUCCCUGUGAUCCGCACACCGGCAUCGGGGUGCUCUACGAAUACCCCGGCUGCAUUCUGGAGCAGGGCGACCGGGUGCGGCUGUAUGCCAAACUGCGGGCCGAUGUCGCCUCCCUGAAGCCGCCCACCUCGCUGCACUAUGUAGCCGAGCAGCGGGUCGUCAAGAGCCAGCACUCACUGUACUUCGCCUGCGACCUCUUCUCCGAGAAGUACGUGGAGUACUGCUUCGUCUACGUCAGCCAGGCCAUUUCCGGAGCCGUGGCCGACGUCCGCAUGGACUGCGUGCCCACGCUGCCCGUCAGCGAUUCGGAUACCGGUGGCUGGGGACCUUGGAGCGAGUGGACUCCGUGCUCCACGAAUUGCCUGGGAGGAACCCGGAAUCGCUACAGGUUUUGCGAUUCACCACCCCCGCGAUAUGGAGCCAAAUUCUGCGAGGGUCCAUCUGUUGAGACUCAAAAGUGUGGCAAGAGUAUCGCGGAUACGUGGGACUGCAUCUACGAGACAUCCGGCACUGUCAUCACCAAGGAGAACAGCACGGAGGUUAGCCAGGAAAUCGGACCAGGAUGUCGUUGCGGCUGCAUUGUGCACUUGGGUUCUUCGAAGCCCAAACGAAUCAUUGCGGGUGCCACACAAAGUUGUCCUGGCCGCUCCUUUUGGCUUAUACAGGUGGAUGGCGAUGAAAGCAUUUCGCUGGCACUGAGUUUCCUGCGUUUGCCGUGUGCCUCCCAGUACAUAAAGGUGCGCGAUGGUCCGUCGCUCUCGUCCACUCUGCUGGUGGAGCUCAACGGAGGUGGCCUGAUCCUCAAGGGAGUUGGAGUUCCGGUGGCCGUCGAGUCGACUGGAGGCCAACUCCUGGUGGAGUUCUCUGCCGGCGAUGUUGGCCCAGCGGCAAAUGCAUCUACUUCGACUCAGGAGGGAAGUGCAGCCUGCACCGGAGGCUUCAUGGCCAAUGUACAGCAGCAGUUGGCAUCGAGGAGCAGGAAUAGCAGUGCCACGCUGGUUGCCGCCACUCGUUUGUCCGGAAAAACACGCUCAAUUUCCCACAAACCUAUGUCUCACCUGCGUUUCACUCUGGUACAUUUAAGUGCCAUGAUCUUUGCCAGCAUUAUCAUUAUAAUCAGUGCCCUGCUAGGGGCCCAAUAUGUGGUGCGGUAUCGGAAGUAUCAUCUGGCUGUCGCUCGGCGACAGGACGAAGGCUCCCGCCUUCACACUCCGAGGGCUUCGCUGAGUUCCCUACAAGGACCUCCUUCGCGGGCCAUGUCCACCACCACGCUGCUCUCGGAGGUCAUUUACAUGGUCAAGAUGCGGCCCAAGCACCACCUGCGACACUCCAUUCUUCGCGAGAGCGUGGAUGCCGAGAAUCUGACCGGCGAGACGGAGUUCAAGGAGUCCGACACACAGGGAAUGCUGGCCAAGUGCGCUGAAGUCAAAGAGUUGGGAAGCUCGGCAUCCAUGGUCACUCUGCGAAACGAACGAUCCUCGCCGGCGCGAUCUCUGGACACCGGAAGCGUCGUUGGAUCGCCCUCCUCCGCCGAGGCAGAACUGGCUGAGGUCCACAGCAGGACAGGUGGGUGCAAGGACUCACCCACAGACGACCAGCUGGAGCCGGCCAGCUGCAAGGACAGUGCCAGGGACUCGGAAUCCAUCAUAUCCUCGGGCAUGAGCUCGCUGUGCAACAGUCCGCCGAUGAACAGCAAGCGGCUGAGCAAGUACUCCGAUCGCUACGAUGCGGUCACUCUGAAGUUGCUGUCCUCCAGGCUGGACGAGAGCCUGCAGGAUGCCAGUUCCCUGCACUCGGUGACCGAAUCCCUGAGGAUGGGACGCCUGGGAUCCCGCAGUGUCAGCUCUUCCCUGACAAAUGGCUGCUAUUCGCCAGCUGCCAGCAUUGUGAGCUCGGCGACGAUCAGAACGACCAGCAAUCCCAAGGAGUCCAAGGAGAAGCAGAAUCGCAGGAAGCUGCUGGCGCGACCCGGCUCCGAGUUCUCACUCGGGAAUCAAGAGGAACUGGAGAUGGACUACUACGAUUACAAUGUGAUCAAUGCGGGAUCGGCGCCGGGCUCUUACCUGGGAAUGGAUCCGGCAUAUCUGGUCUGGAUACCGCCCUUCGAAGAGGUCGCCGAGCGGGAGGAGGAUGACAAGACGCCAGAGCCAGAAGCGGAUCCGGAUCCGGAAAGAGACGAGCGAGAGCCCCUGUACGAGGAGAUACGGAUGCCCAAGUACGGACACUAUCUGAGUCCGGCCAGCAAUACGGAGUCCAGCAAGUCCACCACGGCCGACAAUACACCCAGCUCGGAGGAGCGAUCGCCACCGGUCAGUGGGCGUCCCUCCAAGGCCACCUCACCCUGCGAGGGGGCGGAAAAGGGAGGGAAGUCCCUGCCCAAACAACCCACUCCCUUCAUGUCCAGAAAGCAGCGACGUCAGUCCAAACAGCAGAUGCAAUCCAGUUUGUCCCUUAGCGCCGGUUCCUUGAAUCACGAACAGAGGUGUGGAAGGAGCUCCAAGCUGGCAAUUGAAAUCGCUGCAGUGCAUCAGAAAGUGGAAACCGAUGUGGAGCCAAACGAUUCCAUGACCGGCUCCUAUGUGGAAAAGGAAACUGCUGUGGAGAAAUCUGCUGGAUCUGGGGAUCUGCAGGAGUUUCUCUCCCUAGAUGACAUCCAAUUCGCCGACGAGAGUGGCAGCGAUUACGAGGCCGUAAAUCUCAAGAAAGUGGCCAAAUCGGAUCUGAAACUAAAUCAAGACGGUGUUCGAUCAAAACUUUUGCGUAGAAAAGAGCCCAAGUCAAAGGAGGUGUCCGUGUAGCCCCAGCAUGUUAUUGUACAUAAAGUCAGCUCGAAAGGGCCAGUGUAUGUUUAGUAUAGUUUACGAUCUUGUAAAAUACGGGUAAAUAUUAUAUUAAUAUGCAUAUGUCAGCACCACGAGAAAUGUAGACCACCUGGAGUAAUAGUGUUUUUAAAGCUAAGCCUUAAGCCCAUCUCGAUGUAUACUUAAAAACCGAAAAGAUUGUAGAGCAAGCUCGUAUCUAGUCUCAAAGCUCUUAUAAGGCUAAUCUGUUUAAUCCCUCGUUACCAUGUAUAUACCGUAGCUAAGGUUCACUGUAAUUUAAGUAUUUAUUCGCACAUGGCUAUUACAUAAAACUUUGAAAUUAUUUAAGAAACCUUAUUUGGCAUUAGACAAUUGGAAUUACGAAAUUUUGUGAUCUUUAUUUUGUGCUUCGGAGCAUUGGAAAUUCUAGUCAAUAAAAUAGACAAAAUUAAUUAGCAUUUUAAAAUCAAAAAAUGUUUUUGUUUUAACCAGAUAUUAAGCCUUUUUAUUGCCCUUAC